AUGGGCCUCCACGGUGACCUCGAUCCCAGCGUCGAUGUCCGCGCUGUGGCCUUUGCCGGAAGUGCCUUCAAGGCCAAUGGUACCCGGUUCAGCGGUGUCUUCCUGGCCUACAUCAUCGUCGCGACAUUCUUGGCCCUCUUCUUCCUCCUCUACUUCAACCGCCUAUUCGCGUCGAUUGUCUCGUGGGCCUUGCGCACGUGGACAUGGCACCGCUAUGGCAUCUACAUUGACGUACAGGCCGUGCAGUUCUCGCUGCUGGGUGGCCGCAUCUUCUUUGUUGGGCUGCGGUACCACGGCAAGAACGAGACGAUCCUCAUCCAGAACGGGCAUCUUACCUGGGCCUACUGGCUGCGGCGGGUGCGACACAUUAACCUGGGCAAGCGGCGACGACAGACCGGCAAGGGCCCUGCCGCCUCGGAGGAUCCCAGUGACCCAAACGAGGGCAAGGUGCACCAGAAGACCAAAUCCAAGAUCCCCUGUCGCAUGAGCGUGUCGCUGGCCGGCCUCGAGUGGUACGUGUACAACCGCAGCGCCGCGUACGACAGCAUUGUGGCCGGCUUGACGGGAAUGAAUGACUACCCGGAUGAGAACGACGGCAACAAGCACAGCGAUGAAUGCAAUGCAAGCGAAAAGUACGAGGAAAUCAACCCCAACCAACCCCGGCACAGCGAUGAAUUGCUACAUAAACUACGAAAACGGCGAAACAACAACAGCCACGGCGACGACGGCGAGCGACUGGGACUGGGCAACAAGGUGACGGCCUUUGUCGAAGCCAUGAAGAGCAGGACCGGCGACAGCAGUGGCAAGCGUCCACCUGGCCGCGCUGACUCUAUGUCGGCGUCGUCGUCGUCCGAGGACGGUGGACACGGCGAUGGGAACGCGGCUGGCGCAUCGGAGGCCGAGCAGCGAAGGGCGGCCGACGCGGCCGACAGCAACAAUGAGGCAUUGCCGGCUUUCCUCCAACUCUUCCCUAUCCACUUCACGUGUGACAAAGCGGCUGUUGUGAUGGGCAACGAGAACACUUCGGGCAUCCUCAUCGUCAAGACCCAGGUCCUGUCCGGUGAGAUCGACGCCCAGCACACCGAGACCCCUGAUCCGUAUCGCCAGAUCUUCCGGCUGCAAUUCCAGAAGCCCGUUGUCGAGAUCCGCGACAACGACGACUACCGUGAGGACCAGACGACCCGAGCCGUGCGUGAACGCCAGAUCGCCGACGACACCGGGCCCCUGCCGCCGCGCUCGUUCUUCCGGCACUACCGCCGCUCCGCCUACAGCCAGCUGCGCAACCUGCUGCCCUACUUCCGCAGCUCCGUCGAAUCGUUUACUUCGGCUGAUCCUCGUGAUCCGCCGGCCACGGCGACGUCUGUUCGCUUACCCGGCUCUGUCCACUGGCAGGGCUUGUCCCGGUAUCUUGACGGCCCGGGCGGCGACGAAAAGACGCGGUGGACGGCCUCCGAGUAUGCUAUGCUCAACCCGAUCCUCGAGAGUCCGGAGGCGUUCUUGACGCUCUACUGGGACUCGGCCGGCAAAGUCACGGCCGGUGCUAUUGCAGGACUGCCGCCCGGCGACGACGCCGGCCGUGCAAAGCGCUCUGAAAGGCCGCCCUCUCUGAACGUUCUAGACGUCAACGGCAACGAGCCGUCGCCCGCCUGGGGCCUAUCUCUCUCCAUCCGCGGCGGCUCCGUCAACUACGGGCCCUGGGCUGACCGCAAGCGCGCCGAGCUGCAGCGCGUCUUCUUUCCCGGCCUCAGCAAGGACGCCACGCCCGCGCGCCGCCUGCCCGUCGGCGCCGUGCGUCUGCCCACACAGUUCAAGGUCUAUGUCGAGCUCGACGACGAGGUCACACUGCGCGUCCCCACCCGCGAGGCGUCCAAAAACUGGCGCUUCAAAGGCAAGGAUAUGGCCACCAAGUUUCGCUCCGCCCGCGAUAAGCGCAAGAACCGGUCCCGGUAUAAGAAAUCCGAGCCCGCGCCCUCUGCCUCGGGCCAGCGGCCCUACGGCUGGCUCGACAUCAAGAUCGCCAGCAACGCCACCAUCUCUUAUUCUAUGGAUAUGCUCGCAACGGCCACAGGGUUCCGAGCGACGCUCGAUCUCGACCUGCCCCGUGUCGAGAUCUCGAGCAGCGUCAACCAAGAAGCUCUGUGGCGGUCCGGCGCUCUGCGCAUCGCCUGCGACCUGUCCACCCCCCUCAAGUGGAACGCCCUGCGCCAGUGGCGCUUCCACAUCACCAGCAACGACCUCGAGCUUUUUCUGCUGCGCGACCACGUCUACCUGCUCACCGACUUGAUCGACGAUUGGGGCACCGGCCCGCCCGCCGAGUACCUUGUGUUUACGCCCUUCCAGUACUACAUCGAUCUCGCCCUCCCCAACGUCAAGAUGUAUCUGAAUGUCAACGACGCCAACAUCAUCAACAACCCCACCAGCAUGGACGACAACACCUUCAUCGUCCUGACCAGCGCGCUGCUCGAGGCCUCCGUGUGCGUCCCGCUCGACCAGUUCCGCCCGCCCGACAACGCCAUCCCUUUUGACGUGCGCACCGACGCGGCCACCGUCGAGCUGCACGCCCCGCCCUGGAACACCCAGUCCAUGUUUGUCCGCGACAAGCAGGUCGGCCGCCUCAGCAUGCUGCGUGUCGACGGCAAGUACCAAUACCACGCGGCCACCGCGCCCAACCUCACCGACACCUUGGUGCUCAACAUUGCCGGCCAGCGGCCCUCGUUUACUGCCUACGGCUUCAUGGUCCGCUAUUUUAUCAAGCUCAAGGACAACUAUUUUGGCGAUGAUGUCCACUUUACGACCCUCGAGGAGUACCAGGACAACCUCCGUCUCAAGGAGACCGACCCGGACGCCGAGAUUGCCAGCCGCCCGCCCCACAAGGUCUCCAACGACCUCGACGUCAUUCUGAGCGUGCACGCCGACGAUCCCACGCUUCUGCUGCCGGCCAACAUCUACUCGGCCGCGCGCCACGUCCAAAUCGACUCCGCGGGCCUCGACGCCGACCUGCGGUUUACAAACUACUACAUGGACGUCGACGUUGUUCUGGCACCCCUCAGCCUCUCGCUCGGUACGGACGCCUCUGGCGGCGACGAUGGCCGCAACAAGGAUGGUGACAGCAGCAACAGCCGCGCGGACCGCGACCCAGCAUCCUUGUCCAACACCCAACUGUUUGUCGACGGCCUGCACGUCUACGGCAAUCGCCUCUUUGGUCUGCCUCCUACGGAGCCCACCUACCAGUGCAACUGGGACCUGUCUGUCGGCGCCGUCAUGGGCGAGUGCACAACCGAUUUCCUGACGGCACUGGCGGGCGGCGGCAAGGCCUUUGGCUUUACGUUUGACGACGACGAAAACGCCCUCGUGCCGUACCACACCCUCGUCAUGUACGACAUUACCUUUUUGCGCGUCUACAUCCAGUCCGUCAACAUCUGGCUGCACGUCGAGGAAGCCGCCUUCCUCCUGUCGCUCGAGAACGGCGUCGACGUCAACUACAACGACUGGGCGCGCCAGCACUACUCCAAGCGCGCAGACAUUUCCAUUCCGGACCUUCAAGUCUCCUGCGUCAACUCUGAAUCCGCCAUCCGCCACAAGUCGCGGCCCCAGGCGCCCGUCGAGACCGACGCGUUUGUCAAGACGAGCUUGAGCAUUGCCAUUGUCGGCCGCAAGUUUGAUUUCACCAACGAGCGCACGCUGCAGCAGGCGCUCAUCCGUCGCGAGGACCAGCGCACCCAGCGCACCUCGUUUUUGCUCCUGCCCCAGUACUUCGACCCGGCCUUUGUUCCUGACCCAGUCGACCCGCCCGCACAGCCCGUGCCGUUCAUCCCGCAGCCGGUCACGGCCAAGGACCUCGAGCUCGACGGCAUCUCACUGUCGUCCCGAGGCACUUCUCUUGCAUCCAAGCGGCGCCUGCGCCGCCAGCAAUCGCAGCGUUCGUUUUUGUCCGCAACGGCUUCGACCACGAGCAGCCAGGGCAGUGUUUACCGGCCGCGCAGUUCGGCACACACGCACCGCGAUGCUCUGCCAGAAACGUCCAUCGAGACACCAGGAGAGCAUCAGCGGCGUUCUUACACUCGCAAUGGGUCGUCCUCCACUCACUUCUCUGGGUUCUACAGCCCCCCAGCCGAGCACGAGACGGCCUCGUCGUCGCGCCGCGAGCAGCAUGACCCUAACCACAAGACAGUAGCGUUUUCGAGUAAAUACAUUGCUCCUUAUUUUCCCCUAGAAGACGUUAGACCGGACGUCUCGGAAGUCGCCGCCCAAUGCGAUGCAAAAUAUUCCAGCAGUAGCAGUGGUGGUGGUGGGAGUGGUGGUGGAGAUGAGACAUCAGGGACCGAAAAUGGGUUUUUGAAUGGCGAAGGUGCAGGCAGUGCCGGCAGCGUGGGCGAUGGCAUGUCCCCCGCCGAUUUUGGUCUUGAUGACGUCGAUCCGGAGAUCCUCAGCGACGACAAGGUGCACGCGAGUACACUCAUCCGCGUCCACGACGGAAUCAGCGCCUUCUUCAACCCUACGUCCGCGAAACACAUUGCCGCCCUCAUCUCCGCACUGUUGCCGCAAGAGCCCGACGACAUCUUGGAUGCUGUCCAGAUGAGCGCCAUGGACGGCAUCAUCACCGCGGGCAAGCAGCGUAAGAUGAAGGGCAAAGUCCAGGACAUUGUCGUCCAACUCCCGCGCGCCAACUUGCGCUUCCUCAACGCCACCUCGUCCCCCAAUCCAGGUGCUGUUGGUUCUGCUGCUCGCGAUGAGCAGGACCAGUACGAUGUCUCUGUGUCCAACAUCACCUUUAUGUCGCGUGCCAAGACUACCUGGCGCGACGCCAUGCGGCCAGAAGAGAGCCAGAUGCACAACUCCUUCCAGCUGCGCCUGGGCGCUGUCGAGCUGUCCGCGUCCGAGCGUCUCGCCGCUAUUUCUACACCCCAGGCCGCUUUUGUCGCCAGCGUCGAGAACGUCCUCGUGUCCAUGGGAACCAAAGACCUGGCCUACCUCGACGCCGAUAUUGGUGCCGUCGAGGCCCAGCUUAGCUCCGAGAAGAUCGAGUACAUUGCCUCACUGAUCCACCGCACUGGCGUUCUCAUCGAGGACCUGUCCGAGUCUUUUGCCAGGCCGCUCUCCUACAACAGCCGCAUACGCCCGCACCUGGCUCAGCGUUUGAUUUCUGCGGGUAUCGGCGUCACCGACCCUGGAUUCCUCGUCCGACCCUCGGCUAUCUUGCGCUCAGCCCACGAGCACCUGCGCACUUUUGACUCUUGGAAACUCGCUAUGCGUCUGCGCCAGGUAUGGUUCCUGAUGAAGAAGGAGCCCAGGGAGCAGCUCAUGCGUGAGUGUCUUGGUCAGGCUCCACUACUACCAAUCGUCGAACCCGUCCAGGCGCAGUUUGUGGUCGCGCCUCCGGGCGGUACCGUACGCGAGGUAAUCACGAAGCUCGAGUACUGGCGCGGCUGGGACCUCGGCGAUCUGACGCAGUCUCUGUUCUUGCAGGAGCUGUUUGGCUCUCUCAAGGUGGAUAUGUACAAGAAGGCGGCCGAGAAGCGGCCUAUCCUGGCUUUUAUGAGCGUCGUGCGCGUCCGGAAGCUACAGCUUCUUCUGGACCCCGGGCCGAAGCAAAACGAAAUUACCUUUUUUGACCUCACGGUCCGAUUCGAGAACGGCGAAGCGGUUGCCAACAAUGUGCCGCCCAAGGCGAAAACAGGAGGUGUUGCGCCGGCGGGCGCAGGUGGUAUAGGAACCGAUGUGACGUCGAUACUCAACAUUUUCUGCUCGGACUCCGCCGUCCGGCUCAACUGGGAAAUCUGUGAGCUCGCACAAGAUGUCAUCCGCCUGUACAAGCGGCGGUUGUCCGAAAAGGCAGCGGCUGACGAGGAAGCCGGCGCUGCGAGCAAGGCCGUUACCGAGCCCGCGAAAGACGACAUGGUAAGCAAAGGCGGCGCGAAGCCUUUACCUGUCAAACCCGUACCCGGUGGUGCUGGCGCCGUUCCCCAACAGAACGCGCUUCACGUCGUGUUCGCCAUGGAUCAUGGCUUGCUGGUUCUGGACACGAUCAACCUUAACGUACGCAUGGCCAGCGAGGGCAUGAAGUCGUCCCUGCUUGUCCGUCGCAGUGCCAACCGCAUCAUCGACACCAACUUUAUCACGAGCUGCGAUACCAUCACGUCGCGCGCCAAGAGCCACUCGGAGCUCGUCACCUCGUCGCAGCUGCAACGGCCGGGCGUAUUUGUGGCGCACUGCAUGGAGACGACCAAGAACCGCUACGAGCACACCAUCAAGGCCACGGCCAGCAGUCAAAACUUCUCUUUCGCCAUCAAGCAGGACCCGCUUGCGCUGCUCGAGACGCUCGACCUGCUUGUUCGAGACGAGGUGGCGCAGCUUUACCAGUUUGGCGAGCUGUUCCCCCUGGAGCCCGACAAGCCGACAGCAUCCGCGCCUGCGUCGUCCACAGCUGUGCAGAAGACCACGAAGGACGACGGGAACGGAAAGAUUGCUGAGCGUCUGUCGUCCUUCAGCUUCAAAGUAGCCCUGUUCCUCGAGCAAUAUAGCAUCAGUGUACCGCUGCUGCGCUCGCUGACGUACAAGAUCUCUGGUGUUGUUGCGCGAGUCGCUGUGGCGGCAAACUUUGGCAAGGAGAUUAUCUUUGAUUUUGACGUCAAGGAGAACGCGCACGAUAUGCAAGUGACGUCGAACACGAACAAUUCUGCGCGCAGUAUUUCAGUUUUGCAGAUCCCGCCGACGAACGGACGCAUCUCCACGCGCAUCGGCGAGCAUGAGCAGACCAUCUCUGUGUUUUCGUCACUGGAGCUGGUGCAGCUGGACGCCGCUGCCGUGUACAGCCUGCUGUCUGCCCUGAAUCGACCGGAAAUAGCCAGCACCGUUGCCGACAUGCAGCAGCAAUUAAAGGUGAUCCAGCGGCAUUUUAAGGAGAUCUUCAGCAGCCAGCCACCCGUAGCUGCCGCACCCGGACCAUCGCAGGCACUCCCUGUGGCACCGGCCAAGACCAAAGUCAAGCCCACAGUGUACUCUGUGCACUCGACGUUUGCCGGCCUGGAAAUCUUUGGCAAUGUAUCGCUCAAGGCGGAUACGGAGCCCAUGGCGCAUCUCUCAUUCUGCCUCGACAGCAUUCGUCUUGAGGUGACGAACCGGCUUGAAAACGGUGGCCCUGUCCUGGCCUAUCCGGAAAUUUAUCUCAAUUUGCGCCGCAUUGCCUUGGAUAUUCUUAAAGGCUCGGAAGGACAGAUGGCAUCCUGUGGCAGCAUGGUCUUUGCGGCCCUGAUCACAGCGACGUCCAAGCAGGGCGAUGACGGCACAGAGAAGCGUGCGUUUGACAUUAAGAGCGACGGCUUCGAUGUGAGCCUCUCGCCCGACACGGUGUCCACCGUCGUCGAUGUUCUCGGCUACAUGGGCGACAAGAUUAACGACCUUGACACGUCCCGCGAGAUGGAAUACCUACGCAAGCUGCGGCAAUCGAAGCCGCGCAUCGUCAUCAACGACCAGCAGCCGGUCGAAGGUGGUCCCGAGGAGGAGGAGGAGCCUGACAUUAUAAAGUCCUUUUUGUCCUCGAUUGCGUACACUUUUGAAAUCCGGAACAUCCAGGUCAACUGGCUGUGUGCGCUUGCCACCUUCUCACCCAAACAAUCCCGUUAUCUAACGGCACCACCGAACGAGGCCAAGGAAGAUCUCGUGCUGCUUCUAGGUCGCAUUGAGCUGGGCACGCGCACCAAGAACUCGGCGCGCUUGACUAUCGAGAACCUACAGCUGCAGCUGGUGCCACCGACACAAGACAAAAAGGCUCGCUCGCCUAACUCGGCACUGCUGCCGGAGGUCAUCUUCAAUGUUGCCUACUUUUCUACCUCGCGGACGCGCCGUUUCGCUUUCCAGGCCGUGGGCAAGUCCCUGGAUCUGCGCCUCACCUCGGAAUUUAUCGUGCCUGCAGCGCACCUCAAGGAUUCGAUCCAGCUGUCCAUAAAGAAUGUACAGCAGGUCUCGCGGCGCUGGAACCCCACCACAAGCUCUCCUGGCGCCACAGGAUCCAAGACGGGCGCGUCGUCGCCAUCUAAGCUUCCAGAGUCGCCCGCGAAGCCACCGAUCCUCGGCAACAAGAGACUGGAGUCGCUGUUGGUGGAUGUAGAUUUCGCCGGUGCGGUGGUGUACAUUGGCGGUAAGAAAGCCUCGCCAACUGGCAAUUUAUUUGGCCCGGCGGCUACAACAUUUGGUGCGUCCGGGAGAGACAAUACUGGUGCCGGUGCCAGCACAGCACGCGCACGCCGAUCGGGCGUUAGCGGGAAAUACGGACAGUUCAACUCGGACGAGGCAGGCGGAAGCACAACGCUCCGCUCGCCGGGCUUGGCGUGGAAGCUGGAGUACCGAGAUAGUGGCAAGGGAGACCCCUCGCUGUACGCCGAAGUCAAGAUCGACCCAUCCAGCAAUGUCAUCUACCCGUCGGUUGUGCCUUUGGUCAUGGAUCUGACGCAAAGCAUCAAGGAAGUUGUCAGCAACUCUGGACAGGUGGCAAAACUGGCGCAAGAUGACGACCAAGACGCAGCCGAGAUUGCGACCGCCAUGACAAAGUCCAAGCCAGAGGAAAACAUUCUCAUGUCGGCAGCCAACUCCAACGCCAUGCUUGGCCGCCUCAAGCUCAACUUGGGCCUGCGCAUCUACAAGCAGCAGUUCUCGCUCAGCUGCCAGCCUAUAGCGCGUGUCGCCGCCACAACGAGCUUCGACGACGUCUACCUGACGAUAAACACAAUUCGGACCGUCGAGCACGGCAACUUUGUGGCUAUCUCGGGCAACAUUAGCCGCCUGCAAGCGUCAGUGCAGCAUGUCUACUCGCGUGAGUCAACCGGCAACUUCGAGGUUGACUCGAUCGUCCUGUCCCUGAUGAACAGCAAACACGUCAGCGGCGUGAGUGGCGUGUCCGCACUGCUCAAAGUCAGUCCGAUGAAGGUCUCAAUCAAUGUGCGGCAGGUGCAAGACUUCCUCCUCUUCCGCGAAAUCUGGACGCCGCGAGAUCUUCAAAAGGGCGACAGUGUACCCAUUGUGACCACCAACUUGGCCAGUGAGACAACAUCGGCAUCGGUAGCGUCGUCCUCGUCACAGCAGCAGCCGACCGUUCACCUCGUGCAGCGAUACCAACAGGUUGCAGCAACGGCCGCAUUCCCGUGGACGGCCUCCAUCUUGAUCGCGGCGCUGGAGAUCAAUGUGGACCUGGGCCAAGCGCUCGGAAAGUCUGUCUUUGCCAUUGAGGAUUUCUGGGUGUCGUCCAAGAAGACCUCGGACUGGGAGCAGAAUCUAUGUCUCGGCUUCCGCCGUGUCGGUGUCGACAGUACGGGCCGCAUGAGCGGGUUCGUGGCGCUCGAGGAUUUCCGGCUGCGCACCUCGAUCGAAUGGCCACAGCGCGAACAGGCGCUGAGCAAGACACCGCUGAUUCAGGCCUCCAUUAGCUUCAGUCAACUGCGAGUCAAGGCGUCAUUUGACUACCAAGCCUUCCUUGUUGCUGACGUCCGCUCACUCGACUUUAUGAUGUAUAAUGUACGCCGGGGACAGGGCCUCGGCGACCGUCUUGUCGCUGUGUUUGAGGGCGACGCUGUUCAGGUGUUUGGCACCACGACGUCUGCUGCACAGAGUGUUGCUCUGUAUCAAGCCUUCCUACGGCUGGUGCAGGAGCGCAAGGCCAACUAUGAGACGUCGCUGAGGGAGAUUGAAAAGUUCACCAACCGGCGGCCAUCGGCCAGUGCAGCACAAACGAUAUCUGAAGCCGCAGGCGGCAAAGUACUCAGCGGUGCAGCGAAGACGGCGACUGCUCUGGCUAUUGGGUCCGCGGCGGAUGCGGCCGGGCUGCCUCUCGAGCCUGUCGGUGGUGACGACGAUGACAGAAUCCUUGCCAAGUCGCCCAUCUCGCUGGAUACAGAUGUUGUCGUCACGCUACGGGCGGUCAACCUCGGCGUCUACCCCAACACCUUUGCCGACCACCAGGUGUUCAAAAUGGAAGCACUCAAUGCUCAGGCGCGGUUCACGGCCAGUGUUGACAACGGCCGUGUCCACAGCAACCUCGGACUGACGCUCGGCCAGCUUCGCAUCGGCUUGGCUGGUGUCCGACACAUUCCGACGACAACAACGACGCCCGAUGGGCCGCCGAAAACAAUCGGCGAGCUGUCGGUCGAAGAUGUUGUAUUGAGCGCCACCGGCUCACGCGGAGGCACGAUUCUCAAGGUGCCGCGCGUCGAGGCCAGCAUGCAGACCUGGCAGCAGCCCGAGUCGCGCCAGAUCGACUACAUCUUCAAGUCUGCCUUUGAGGGCAAGGUCGAGGUUGGCUGGAACUACUCACGCAUCAGCUACAUCCGCGGCAUGUGGGCGAACCACUCCCGCACGCUCGAGCAGACAUUCGGCCGCGAAAUCCCUCUGGCUGCCAUCCGUGUCACAGGUGUACCCGACAGCGCCGCUGAUGGGACUGAUUUGGGGGGCGGUGGCGACGGGGCGGCAGCCGACAAGACGAGCGACCAGAACGGCACGCAAACCAAGAUCACCGCCGAGGUCAACGUGCCGCAGUCCAAGUACUUCUACAAUCCACUGGAGACGGCCAUUAUCGAGACGCCUCAGCUGCGCGACAUGGGCGAAGCGACACCGCCGCUGGAAUGGAUUGGCCUCCACCGGGACCGUCUGCCAAACCUGACACACCAAAUUGUGAUUGUCUCCUUGCUGGAACUGGCAGGCGAAGUCGAGGACGCUUAUUCUCGGAUUCUCGGGACGUCGUGA